AGGCGGGGCCGAGCGCCUCUGCAGCCGCCGAGCCCGGGAGCGGUCCCUUGAGCGCGUCCCGCUUGGUCCCUGCCGCCGCGCCUUAGCCCCCGCCAUGCUCCUGCUGCUGGGCCUGUGCUUGGGGCUGCCGCUCUGCGCGGGGUCGCUGGGAGAGGCCUGGCCCCGGGAUGACACUUCGGAGCAAGUUGGAUUCAGGGGACCGAGGCAGGUCAGACUGUUGCAGAGGCUGAAAACCAAGCCCUUAAUGACAGAAUUCUCGGUGAAGUCCACCAUCAUUUCCCGUUACGCCUUCACUGCGGUCUCCUGUAGAAUGCUGAAUAGAGCUUCUGAGGACCAGGAGAUUGAGUUUCAGAUGCAGGUUCCGGCUGCGGCGUUCAUCACCAACUUCACUAUGCUCAUCGGAGACAAGGUGUAUCAGGGAGAAAUUAGAGAGAGAGAAAAGAAAACUGGUGAUAAAGUCAAAGAGAAAAGGAAUAAAACCUCAGAAGACGACGGGGAAAAGGGGACUGAAACGUUCAGAGCCUCUGUCGUGAUUCCCAGCAAGGACAAAGCUGCCUUCCUGCUCAGUUACGAAGAACUCUUGCAGAGGCGGCUGGGGAAGUAUGAGCACGUUGUUAGCGUGCGGCCCCAGCAGCUGGUGGGGAGGCUGACGGUGGAAGUGAAUGUUCUGGAGAGGUCCGGCAUCACAUCGCUGGAGGUGCUGCGGUUACAGCACAGUAGGCAGAAAGGCAGCGUGAGGGGGGAAGGUGAUUCUGAGCUGCCUCCUUCCACUGUUAUCAACCAAAAUGACACUUUUGCCAAAAUCAUUUUUAAGCCUACCGUGGUACAACAAGCCAAGAUUGCCCAGAAUGGCAUUUUGGGAGAUUUCAUCGUUAGGUAUGAUGUCAACAGGGAGCAGAGCAUUGGGGACAUCCAGGUUCUAAAUGGCUAUUUUGUGCACUACUUUGCCCCCAAAGACCUGCCUCCUUUACCCAAGAACGUGGUAUUUGUGCUGGACAGCAGUGCCUCCAUGGUGGGAACCAAGCUCCGGCAGACCAAGGAUGCCCUGUUCACGAUUCUCCACGACCUCCGACCCCAGGAUCAUUUCAAUAUCAUCGGCUUUUCCAACCGCAUCAAAGUGUGGAAAGACCAUCUGGUGUCAGUUACCCCCGACAACGUCCGCGACGGCAAAGUGUAUAUCCACCACAUGUCGCCCAGCGGAGGCACGGACAUCAACGGGGCGCUGCAGAGGGCCAUCAGGCUGCUCACUGACUACAUGGCUCACGACGACGUCGGAGACCGCAGCGUGUCCCUUGUCAUCUUCCUGACCGACGGGAAACCCACCGUCGGGGAGACCCACACCCUCAGGAUCCUCAACAACACCAGGGAGGCCGCCCGGGGCCAGAUCUGCAUCUUUACCAUCGGCAUCGGGAACGACGUGGACUUCAAGCUGCUGGAGAAACUGUCGCUGGAGAACUGCGGCCUCACCCGGCACGUUCUCGAGGAGGACGACGCGGGCUCACAGCUCGUCGGGUUCUAUGACGAGAUCCGGACCCCUCUGCUGUCCGACAUCCGCAUUGAUUACCCCCCCGCCGCGGUGGAGCGCGUCACCAGGACCCUGUUCCCCAACUACUUCAACGGCUCGGAGAUCGUCAUCGCCGGGAAGCUGGCCCACAGGACGGUGGAGCGGUUGCACGUGGAAGUCACGGCCAGCAACAGCAAGAAGUUUGUCGUCCUGAAGGCCGACGUGCCCGUGGAGCCCCCGGAGGCGGGGAACGACGUGGCGGGAAGCGCCAGGCCCGAGGGCGGUGGCGCCGGGGACCCCAACCACGUGCAGCGGCUCUGGAGCUACCUGAGCACGAAGGAGCUGCUGAGCGCCUGGCUGCACAGCAGCGACGAACGGGACAAAGAGCGGCUGAGGCAGAAGGCGCAGGCCCUGGCCGUGGCCUCCCGCUUCCUCACCCCGGUCACGUCCAUGCACUUGAAGAGGUCGGGGCUGCAGACGGACAAGCCGGAGGACGCACAGAGCAUGUCUGCGGCCGCAGGCCCCGAACCUGUGAUGCAGAGUCUGCGAGGCGCCAGCCCGCAGCCAGGACCUGCUGUCAAGAAACCAUACAACCCAAGAAUUAAAGUCUCCAAAACAUCAGUGGACGGAGACCCCCAUUUUGUCGUGGAUUUCCCCCUGAGCAAUCUCACCGUCUGCUUCAACAUCGACGGGCAGCCGGGGGACAUCCUGAGGCUCGUCUCUGAUCACGCGGAUUCUGGCGUGACGGUGAACGGGGAGCUGAUCGGGGCGCCGGCUCCCCCAGGCGGCCACAAGAAGCAGCGCACUUACUUCCGCACCAUCACCAUCCUCGCCAACAAGCCCGAGCGGUCGUAUCUGGAGAUCACUCCGAGCAGAGUCAUCCUGGACGGCGGGGACAGGCUGGUCCUCCCGUGCAACCGGAGCGCGGUGGUGGGGCGCCGCGGGCUGGAGGUGUCGGUGUCCGCCAACGCCAACGUCACCGUCACCAUCCAGGGCACCAUUGCCUUCGUCGUCCUCAUUCACCUCUACAAAAAGCCGGCCCCCUACCAGCGGGACCACCUGGGCUUCUACAUCUCCAGCAGCAGAGGCCUGUCCAGCAGCUGCCACGGACUGUUAGGUCAGUUCCUGAGCCGGGACGCCACGCUCACGCAGGAGCCCGCCGGGCUCAGCGAGGGCCCUGGCCGGCCUCCGCUCCCGAGGGCGGGCGACGGGCCGGAGACGGUCCUGAAGGUGAGAGGGCGCCAGGUCCCGGUGGUCCGGAAGCAGAGGAGGAUCUACAACGGGGAGGAGCAGGUAGACUGCUGGUUCGCCAGGAGCAACGCGGCCGGGCUGCUGGACGGCGAGUACCGGGACUACGUAGCAGCGCACCCGUUUGACUCAGAGACCGCGUUCGGCCUGGGAGCGUCCGGGGGGCUCUGACGCCGGGCCCGAACGAAAGGGUGCACGACGGGGACGCGCGGGGACGCCACGGUGCGGCCUCCCCACGGUUGACUGCGACCCGUGACCCACCCCUAUGCGUAGGCCCCAGGUCGGCCUGAGAGAAGCGUAGGGGCGGGGCGCUGGGGCGACAGGGGUCUUUCCUGCUGCGUCCUCCCCUCCGCCGCCGCCCCCGCCGCCGCCGUGAUGGAGAGAGAGGGUAGCACCGAGGAGAAAGGUCACGCCGUCUCGUCGGCCCGGUGCGCGCGCAUCAGGCCGGCCGGCUUGUCCCCCUCACGGCCUGUCGUGAGGGAACCGGUGAAGGAACGUCGCCACAAAGCCGCUUUCCUCGGUGGCAAGGGCCACGUUUGGGCACUCUGCUUUUCGCCUGCCGUUAGCGCUUCGGAAUCUCCCCUCGCAGAGCUCCCGUGGCCUCCGCGUGCGUGGCCUCCGCGUGCGUGGCCACCCUCCGCCUCAGGGGAGCCUGCCGUGGGCCCGGGCCCGGGUCAUGCAGCUAGCUCGUAGGUUUGAUCACUGUAAGCAAUUGAGGCUUUUCUUAGGAGGGGAUUUUCUUCUGCUGUGAUACCUUGCCCUUGAAAGUGAGUUUUCAUUAAAAAAAAAAAAUGUGGUUGAAAAUCGAAAA